GAUUUGGAUUGGUUGGAGUGUGGAUUUGGAUCGUACAAAGCGGUCCCAAGCAAUACUCCAAUAAUCGCUGGCGGCAGGGCAUAGAAAAUGAUAUGAUACUGAGUGUUAUAUCUUUCUCCUGUAAAAGUCCAAAUUAUUAAUGUUGAAAUCCAUUUCGUCUUACUUCUUCGCGGGAGCUGAGGAAGAAAAACAACCAGUAGAGGAAGUAAACUCCACAGCCAUGACGCCGUCAGACAAUACGCAGACUGUGCAAUUCCAGGGAAGUGACGAACAGCACAGCACAGAAAUUUACAGCAAUGAUGUGACCAUUAUUCCAAGUGCUGGAAAUCAUGACAAAAGUAGCUCUCACGUUAAAACCAACAAUAUUGUUGAUCAUAGUUGGGAUGUCAGGUUUUACAAGGGUCAACUCUUAGCUGUUCAUCUCUCCGGAAAAUUUAUUGCCUUUGGUAUUCAAGUUGUUUCUAAAAGUGAAAGUAUGGUUCGUAUUGUGAACCGUCAAAACAACCACCGAUAUCUCUGCAAGGGAAUAACUGGGGUUGUGCAAGAUAUAGCAUUUGCUCACAUUGCUACUCAAGUAAUACUUGGUAUUGUUGAUGAAGCAGGAACAUUAUUUAUCUACCGCAUCGAAGACACUCCUAAUGCUUUACAAACAAAACUGAUAUUGCAUGUAUCACAAAAAAAUGUCCGUGACCAAAUAGGUCUCAUCCACCGCUUGAUUUGGUGUCCCUAUAUCCCUGAAGAAGACUCAGAUGCCAAGCAACCUGAAGAUGAAGAAGUUGCCAAUAUGCUUGUAGUCACUCAUGGUCCAAGGGCAGAAAUUUGGAAUGUGCAAAUGGUUAUUCAGAAGCAUGGAACUGACAAGGAGUUGCACCCUGAGGAUGUUAAAGAAGGGUUGCUUUCUCUGAACCACCAUGAGGUGGACAUAGUUGAUGCAGCAUUCUCCCCAGAUGGGACAGCUUUAGCAACAGCAAGCUUAGAUGGAUAUGUGAAGUUUUUCCAGGUGUACAUGCAAGGACAAGAAGAGCCAAGGUGUCUUCACAUGUGGCAGCCUCAUGAUGGAAAACCUUUAUCAUCACUAUUCUUCCUUGAUAAUCAUCGUUCACAUGCAUCAGACACUCAAUUCUGGAAGUACGUUUUGACUGGAUCAGAAAACAACUCUGAAUUAAAAAUUUGGUCGUGUGAGACAUGGUCUUGCUUGCAGACAAUCUCUUUUGCCUCCAAACAAACAUCUACAGUUCCCAGUUCUAUUAGCUUAAAAGCGGGCAUUGAUCUCUCUGCCGAUUUUAUUAUGCUCUCUGACAUAAACAAUAGAGUACUGUAUGUACUUCAACUGCAGAAGGACUCCAUAGCAAGGGUUUGUGCAGUUUCUGAAUUUCUAUUACCCAACCCUAUUCUUAGUUUUGGUAUUGUUGAUGCUGGCAUACGUAAUGUGAAGAGGCACCAUGAUGUGACAAGUGACUUGGAAAGCGAUCUUAUGGACAAUAAUGAAGAUGAUGAAGAUGAUGAUGGAGGAGAUGACGAUGAUGAAGAAAAGGCUCUUCAGGUGGUCAUCCGCAUGUAUGUUGUACACCCCAAGUCUUUAAGAGGGUGUAUAAUUUCAUUUGAUCCGCCUGUUGAAGCAAAAAAAUCCAUGAGCAUAUAUUCUGAAGAUACUCUAGGAAAGGAAUCUCCUGAGAAUCAACCACAACUGAUUGAAGCUUUUGCUGAGGGCAUGUCUGAUGUCUCUGAAAACUGUCUGGCCAAAGGAAAUACCCAAAAUUCAGUGACUUCAACUUUAGCUUUGGCUGGAACUGAUAGUGCAAAUAAUUUGACACCGCUCCCUGAGCUUCAUCAGUCUACAGAGCCAAAGUGUCUCAGUAACUUGAUGACUCCUGAUGACUUCAGUUCCUCUAAUGAGAAGAAUGAUGUUGAUGCAACUAGCAGUCCUUUACUGCCUGUGAGCGAGCAGUUAGGACCACAGUUAGGUGAACUUUGUGGUGAGAAAACCAGACAGCAAGCUGAUCCUUCAUCCAAACACGAAGCUACAAAUGGCAGAGCUUUGAAGACUAAAGGGAAAAGCAAUGGAAAGGCCAUGGCUGACACAUGUCUAAACAGGAAAAGAGAGCCUACAGCAAGUGGUGGCAGUAGCCCCAGUCGUGAAGUUGAAGAAAUUUUGUCACAUGGCAGCUCUGAUUGUCUUUCCAGUACAACUCCCUUUAACUUCCAAAAUGCGGCUGUUCCUGAAGAUCCAUCAAUCAUCAAGGCGGAGACCAGUUUAGGAACAGUACCAACGGGCGAAGCUAUACCCUUGAUUCUGCCUUCAAAUCCCUGUGGGCUUUUACCACUCGCUCUGACAACCUCACUCCAAGCUUCAACCAUAGCAACAACUACAAGUGCGUUACAAGCAGUUGUUGCAGCAGCUCAAGAGAAGCCACCUGUCAUGGUGACAGCUGAACAGUUAGAGAAGCAACAAACUCAAUGGAGUCGUGUAGACCUGCUUUUGGAAACUCUUCAACAACAGCAAGUAGAAAUUAAGAGUUUGAGACAAGAACUUGGCUCACUUCGACUAGCUCAAACUACUUCCUCUGAGCCUGUCAUAGCAGAUAAAAUCCAGGCUCUGCUUCUGUCCCAGCAAAAGCAGCUUGAAAUGAGCAUUCAGAAUGCUAUACAGAAUGCUCUGCAAAAUUCUGUUCAGAACUUAUUGCGUGCUAGGGACCAACAAGAAAAUCAACGUCAGGAAGCAUUAAUGUCUGUCAUUUCUCAAACUGUGAGCAACAUAAUAACCUCUCAACUCCCGACCCUUAUCUCUCAAGAAAUUCAAUCGGAAGUGGUUCCAAUUGUAAGGAGUAAUGUUCAGCAAAUGAAGCAACAAGUUGCUACAGAAGUUGCAACCAAACUUGCAGCAACAGAUCAGCUAAUGAAAGAUAAUUUGGCCAAACUAGUUACUAACAAGUCCUUCAUGGAUAUGCUCAAUCAGUCCCUCUUAAUUAUGGCUCAACCAACAUUGCAAAGUCUUUACAAAGAAUCUUUUGGAACAUUGGUACCUACAAUGGAAAAGGUCACCCAAAGUAUGUUCCACCAAAUAAACAAUUCUUUUUCAAAAGGAACCCAAGAGUAUAUGCAAUAUGUUGAUGGGACAGUUGAAAAGCAACGGAGGCAAUACGAUAGGGCUCAUGAAAUGUUGCAAUCAGUCGCUGAGUCGAUGCAAACUUCACAUGAACAGCAAACACUUUUACUUAAAAGUACUCUUGAUAAUAAUCUACAAAAGCUACAAACUAGCCUUCUUGAUAAACUUAACAAAACAGUCAGUGAUACAGUCAAGGGUAACUUAGCCCAAGGCUUUAAACAACAGAAAGCUGUUAUAGAAGAAAGUGUUCUGACAAGUUUGAAUGCGGUUCGCUCAAGAGCCGUUAGUCCUGCACAAUCUGUAAGUGACUACGCCAGUAUGGAGCGACGUGUCUUGAAUUUUAUUCAAGAAAGGGAUUAUAACUCAGCAUUCCAACAGGCCUUAUCAGCAUCAAGCAUUGCUCUUGUUCUUGCUGUAUGUGAAAGGGUCGAUCCUCAAGAGGUGUUUUCUUCUCAACCAUUCCCUUUGAAACAAAAUGUUCUUUUAUCUUUGAUUCAACAGCUGUCUGUUGAUUUGAAUGAUCAUACUGAGCUGAAGCGAAGGUAUCUGGAAGAAGCAGUCAUGAGUUUAGAUCCUAAUGACUCUGACGUUCGUAAGCACCUCUAUAUCAUAAGCAAAUUGCAGGAGCAAUUGAUGGCAUUUGUGCAGGGUCAUCCUGGUUCAGCAUUGAGCCGUCAAAUGAAAAUGUUAUACAUGGCCACAUCAAAUCUUGUUCAAUCACCAACCUCGCCCUCAUAAGACCACGUAUCUUCUCUGACUGCCAGUAAUUACCUUUUAAUAAGAAAAACUUUUGAUGUUAAGAGCUUAAACUGAGAAGUAUGUUGUUGAAAGAUCUCUUAAUUUGACUCAAAGUGAUCAUUGUUCUUAUGUGUAUUUUAUCAGGAUAAUUAUUGUAUCUUAUUUUAUUUAUCAGAAGAAAGGGAAUAAUAUCUUAAUUUUUUGUUAUAUUGUUCCCCCUCUUCGCAAUUUUGAGUGAGACGACCCUCACUCACUUCAGUGGCAGUUCUCUCAUACAUUCAUUCUGAUUCUUGACUUUCAUUUGAAUUAACUGACAGCAUAUGUUGUUAAAAGAUUUUUUUUUUUAUGUCAACAAUUUUUUAAAUGCAAUUACAAUUGUUGCAUUAUGUUUUACAUUCACCAAUGGCUUGUAGUAAACCUUGACAUGUUGCCUAAAAGUGGAAGUUUGAACUUAAGUGUUGCUCCUUCCCAACUAGGUACUAUUUUAUGUCCCUCGCCACAUUGACAAUGCGUACUCGCAUCAAAAGGUUUUGUUUUGUUUGUUUUAUUUUGAAAACUGUGUCCCCUUUGAUCUGUACUUUAAUUAUUAAUCAAUUGUGAUCCCAUGCAGUAAUAGUGCUGACCCAUACUUUACCAAUUAUAAUUAAGUAAUCCUGAAUUAAACUUACAGUUUCGAAUAA